AAGCAAUAAGCAUUCAUUUUCAGUGUUCGUGAAAGUCUUGUGAUGAAACAGUAUAUUAUAUAGAAGGCAGGGAAAGGAUAUGAAAUAAAAGGAGGGACAUGGAAAUAAAACUGCAAAAACAUUGCAGGCGAGUUUAGGUGGCAGAGUAUCUAUAUGUUCUAGUUAUCUUAAUCUAAGUUCCCUCUGAGUCCAGACAAAACCCACUGGUUUACAUUCUGUAAUUUCUCAAGGAUUUGGGAAGGAGGAAAUUCAAGCCGGAACACAUGUUCAGAGUUGAAUUUUGCAAGUUUCCCAGAGUUUUAUACGUGGAAGAAUCCUGCAGACACUGGAAAAACUUUGCCUUUCAGUUUGGACUCAGCGCAUGUUGUUUGGCACUUAAACACUAGUUAUCUGUUCACAUUUACCGUAAAUAAUGACUAGAAACUUAACCUGCAAGUAGGCUGUUGAAGUAACUUCUGGAACAGUUGUUUUUGCUUUUGUUCCCCAACCCCCUUAAGACUUUUCUUUUCUUUCUUUUUUUUCUUUUUUUUUUUUUUUUUUUUUUUUCCUUAGGGGAUUUGUUUGCAAUCUGCUAGAUGAAGCUGUAAGGCACAUUUGCCAGAUCUAGGGCCGCAUCACCGUUCAGCACAUCUGGAAGUGGUUUAUGGGCUCUCAUUCCUUCAGUGCAGCGUCUGGACUCCAAACUGUUCCUCAGCAGCAGAGAACGAAAAGAAAACCAGCCCAACUCCAAAGUAAACUUUGAAGAGUUUGAAAAAGGAGCCGCAUUUUCUUAAAGUGUGACUGUGCCCAGUAAGGCCCUUGCACAGGGUGCUUUAAAGCAGGGCGAUGGGCAAGGAAGCUUUGGCAGGAAUGAUUACAGCCGUGGCCUAUCUAGGAUCCAAGUAAAUAACUCUACAACUCUUCAGGAGAGAGAAGUCCCGAAUACUGUGCUGCCUUGAAGAGAUCACAGUUCUUAUCCAAAACAACACAUGGCUCUUUUGAAGAAAAUUAACCAGAUCUUACUGUUACUUCUUGUUUUAACUGUGUGCGCCAUUCUGUAUAAUAAAGUUCACAAAGUGUCAUCUUCAUUAAAGAAUGAAACAGUUGAUUUGGAGAGUCCUGAGGAAAUGGAAGAAGAAAUUCCGGUCGUAAUCUGCGCUGCUGCAGGCAGAAUGGGUGCAGCUAUAGCAGCGAUCAGUAGCAUCUACAGCAACACCGAGGCAAAAGUUUUGUUCUAUGUAGUUGGGCUGAAGAAUACCAUCCCACAUAUUCGAAAAUGGAUUGAAAAUUCUAAAUUGAAAGAAAUAAAAUUUAAGAUUGUGGAAUUCAACCCUAUGGUACUAAAAGGAAAAAUCAGACAAGAUGCCUCACGCCCUGAGCUACUGCAGCCUCUGAACUUUGUUCGAUUUUAUCUUCCCUUGCUUAUCCAGAAACAUGAGAAAGUCAUAUACUUGGAUGAUGAUGUCAUUGUGCAAGGUGACAUCCAGGAACUAUACGAUACUAAGUUAGCUCCUGGACAUGCUGCAGCUUUCUCAGAUGAUUGUGAUCUGCCUUCUACACAUGAAAUGGUUAGAAGUGUAGGGAUGCAGAACACAUACAUGGGAUUUCUGGACUACCGAAAGCAAGCAAUUAGGGAUCUUGGCAUCAGCCCUAGCACCUGCUCCUUUAAUCCUGGAGUAAUUGUUGCUAACAUGACUGAAUGGAAGCAUCAACGGAUUACAAAGCAGUUGGAAAAGUGGAUGCAAAGAAAUGUGGAAGAGAAUCUGUACAGCAGCACCCUUGGGGGAGGUGUGGCCACCUCUCCAAUGCUGAUUGUAUUUUAUGGGAAGCAUUCUACUAUUAAUCCCAUGUGGCACAUAAGGCAUCUUGGUUGGAGUCCUGAUACUCGCUAUUCAGAGCAUUUUCUUCAAGAAGCUAAAUUACUUCACUGGAAUGGAAGAUAUAAACCUUGGGACUACCCCAGUGUUCACACUGAUCUCUGGGAAAACUGGUUUAUUCCUGAUCCCUUAGGGAAGUUCAAAUUAACUCGUCCUGAAAGCUGAUACUGAAAACAGUCUAAUGCAUUCAUACAUGAUGUUGUGCAGUACGUGGUAAUUGGAGAUAUGACCUGUCAAAUUGUGUAAUUAACUGAUUUUAAAAAACAAAGUAUUUGUUAAGUAGUGCUAUAAACUGAUGAUCAGUUAUAUGCACUUAUAAGUGGAGAGGGGUGGAGUGACAGCUAUGCAAUUCAGAUCACCUUGACUUUCAAGUAAGGUGAAGAAAAAAAUUUACUUGACAAUGAAGUACUUUCAUUAAACAUUUACAGAGGUGAAAUUCAGUGCUAGACAUAGUAUUUUAAUGUAAGGUCUUUAUAAAUAAGACUAAUAUCUGCUGCUAGAAAAAUCUAGUCUGUAUUUAGUCUUCUAGCCCACAUUAAGCAGCCUGAAAUUAAAACUUACGGAGCAUUUCAAGUAAGUGGAGUUCUCUUGCAUGGUGACUGUUUUGCAGUGUAGUGUCUCUCUGAGCACUGUGCUGGUGCAGUCCGUGUACUACAUACCCGGUAAUAUAAACAGAUCACCGCUACCAAAAUGCAAAAUUACAUUCUAAGACACUGCAAUACAAUUCCUGAUUUUAUUGUCAAACAUUUGUAGGUUUAAGACAGAUUAAGAACCUCUGCAUUACUGUAAUGAAAAGAGCACCAAUUCUGAGGGAGUACACAUAGAAUUAAAAUAUUUAGUGAAACUGUCAUUGUACACUUAACUAUAUUUUAUACUUAGAUAGCCUAGUAGGUAUCUCUUUUAAAGAGACCUUUCCCUUCAAAAUUGAAAAAACCCUCCUUACAGUAGUUAUAUACUACUGUAUUACCUACUCAGCAAUGCUAAAUUACAUGCUUCUAAGUUUGUUGAAAAAUAAAAUUGAGUUGUAACAAAUCCCUGAUACAAGAUACUUUGAGCACCUGCAGGAAAAUGUCCAUGUAAACAGUGAUACAUGAUACAGUACACUUUAAAUAACAGACAAGACAAAUCCUCUACCAUUUGGACAAUAUACUGAACAGCUUUAUGCUGAAGCUAAUAAACACAAUCAGAAUCAUAAUGCACACUUCCUUGAUUUAAGACGCUUAGAAUUAAGCCACAUAAUUUGGGAAGAAAACUGUAAACAUCAUACCUGCCUCACAACAGGUUGACAGUGUGUGAUCUCAGUGACAGUUGUUGCAGCAGGAUUAGAAUCUACACUAACUAGGUACACUCAGUGUGUUUCAACUGUCAAUGGCUGUGAGGAAAGGGUAAGAACACUGGCAUAGGAAUCUCUGACCAGCAUGGACUGUGGAGAUACUGUUUGUAUCUAUUUUUCAAGUAUGUGAAGCACCUACUCUCAUAAGUUCAUCAAAACUUAAAAGUCUUGAUCAGCUUAUUGCUUUUACUUCAUUUCUUCCUCAUAUAUUAAAAGAGGGAAAGAUGAUGAUGAUUAGGCACAAGUGUGGAAUCUCUUUUCUUUCUCAGUCACAUGUUGGCCACAUCAUCAAAGAGCGUACGUUUUAAGCAAGUUCCUCAAAAAGAAAGCUGUAGUUUCCACAGUUGCCUUCUUAUUCUUGGAACAGCUUUGCUCAUCUUUAACUUAAUAUUUCUUUUCUUGUAAGAGGAGUAAGGAGAACACUCUCUGAAGUCUUCCAGAUUGAAGAGAAAUGAACAUUAAGAAUUGCUAAAUCGCAAUCUUCUUUCAUGUUGUGCCAGUUGUAAGAUACACAGUUUUGUUUGAUUUACAUUGCAGAUACAGAUAAUGUAACCAUACACUAAUUUUACAGAGAAGUGGUCUUUCAAGUCCCUGCAGUAUAAUCUGUUCAAAAGGGGUUGUCUCCUGCUAGUGAUGUUGCUAGCAAUAGGUCAGGUGAAGGGACUAAUCACGUAAAAAAAAGGCCAAGAAUUUAAAUGCCACAGAAUUCAAGAACCACUUAUUUUUUUUCUUUUUAAAGAAUUCCAGUUUCUUGCGUUGGAAUUUCAGACGGAAGAAUGGAGUUGUAGGGAGAUCUGAAAUUAGGACAGCUCAGAUAGAAUAUUCUAGGUUCUAAAUUUUCCUCCCCAGCAUUAUGACUUGAGAAGAUGAUGUCUCUAGUCCCUUAGUCCUGAUAUGGUACAGUCACUAAGUAGACAGAGCUCUGUAUUCUUGCCCAUAAAAUACUCAGUACUCCCAGCUGCAGAACACAACCUUCUGCAUUUUUAAGAUGGUAACAGGCAGACUUAAAAACACAAUUUGUUUAACUCUGUAUGAUUAAAAACAUUGCUACCUGUAAUAUCAAGGUAUACUUUCCCUUCUCCUCUCUUUGGAUAUAAAAGGAUUAUGACAUAUCCAAAUAUAUGAGGCAUCAGUAAAAAGUAUACCAUUGCUGUUACUACUACAUUACAAAUUACAGAAUAAAAUUAACGUGCCAAGGUAAUCUUCACAAAUGAGAAAGCAGUUUGUCAAGAACUGCAAGAAAGGAUAUACAUUAAAUAUAAAACUCAUAUACAAAAAAGGGCUAACUUUUGUUUUUUUAAAAAGAUUGGAGUUUCUUAAAAUUAUCUAGUUCAUUGAUUUUAGCCUACUACACACAAUUAGUUUUGACUAUAAUAAAAUAACUAGGGGAAAUAAAAUGCUAUUAAAAUGCUUCAGUUGGGAGAACCGAGGUACCAAUCUUGAUCACUGCAUUAAAACUGCAGCAUGUAUACAUAGCUGAGAAGAAACAGCACUUAUGCACUGCUUCCUUCUUCUUCUUGUGUCAUUCCAGUAUUGAAUCCUGGAAUCUGGUCUGCAAAGGACUGCGUCAUCCAUUGUCCAUUAGGAACUUCACCAAAGGAUGACCCCUCACAGUACUGUGGAUUGCUUGCUGCUGAAAAACAAACAAAAAUAUUAAAAUGCAGUUGAUAUCAUUAACUUUUUUUUUAAAAAAAGUUUGCAGUUUCCAUCUUUCCCUCCUAUUUUUGACUACCUGCUUAGGCUGAGUGCAAGCUUAUUUUUGUUAUCUACUUUUUUAGAUAAUUUCACUAGAUUCUAAAUUCUUAGAAUCUUCAUUGAAGGGUGACUGCAUAUAUUUGAACACACUCAGAUAUAAAUAAGUCUAAAUGCUUUCUUUCCUUUUUUUUUUUUUUUUUAAUCUUAUUCUGCAGCGCUCCCUAUGAAUAAAUUUUUUCUUUUAAAAGAAGGGACAUUUUCUUGAUGAAGAAGGGUAGACAGAAUGCAAAUUUCAAUGUACACAGUGAGAUUAGGGCUGAAUAUUCACGAUUUCAGGGGAAUGUGGCAGUUACUGUUUUCUCCAUUAUUAUUCAUUGCUUUUUAAAUUGCGAUUAGGAAUUUUACUUCCAAAAUACCACCACCAAGUUCUUAAUUACAGCUAGAUUACUAGAUUAAUCCUUCAUUCUGUUCCUUCUUUGAUCUUUUUUUAUUUACUUACAUUUUUUCCGAACUUGUCAGGAUUAAAAAACAGCAACAAAAAACCCUAUGCUUUACUCAAGCAUUUGUAAGAACUUUUGUUAAGCAAAGAUCACGAAAACUACGAAUAGUUAAAGCUUAUUGUUCUCUCGCUGUUACAUUACUCCCUCACUAAAAGCUAGAGAACACCAAACUGUGUUACAUGUUUGUUUACUCUGCAAGUCAUUAGUUGUAUCUGUCAGAUUUCAGGAAGCUGUCUGAAAGUCUGAAUUUGGAAAUCAAAGUUUGAAUGUGCAAACAAUUUUUUUUUAUUUAAAUAACAGUAAGUGGCUUCUUUAUAUUUCCCUCCCCCAAAAGACCAUAAAUUCUCUCAGUUAUAUAACUACUACUAUGCUUUAAAUAUCUUGUUUGAUUAUGGAAGUUCCUGAGGGCAGAAAACUAAGUGUAUGUUCAUAUGUAAUGGUGAAUGGUGAAAACUGAGUACCACAAGCACCACAAUUUACCAGUUCCAUUUGAAGAGAAAUUGCACUGUUCAUUUUCAUAUAUUGCACGAUCACAAUAAGCUCCUCCAUAUGCUGCUUCAUAACCUGGAUCAUAUUUUUCUUCUUUGACGGCCAUUUUUUUAGCAUCCUCUGCAGAAAGAAGAUAUUUUGAAGAAAGAUAUCAACAUUUUUAUCAGAGAACACUUGAAAAAACAGACAUAUUUUUAUUCUAUGCAAAAGAUGAUUCUAGCUGUCCUCAGAUAAUCAGGACUGUAUUAAGAAUAUGGAACUGUAUAUAUAUGGAAUAUAGUUCUAUACUACCUGAUUUAGGGUAGAUGGAAGGGACUUUUUUUUCUUUAAAUUGUUUCCUUUUGCUCAAGCAACUGCUAGUGCAACUUCUAUGUGUGUUGCUAUGUAUGUUGUACAAUACACUACAUUUUAAGAAAGGAUAAAAAAAAAUAAUCACUGUACCUUGUGCAAGUUGCAAGUCAAAUGUGUACUGCACCUCUUGCACCUCUGUGUUUGGUGCGAUGCCUUUCAGUUGGUCCCUUAAGUCUUUCAGCUUUAUGUAAUAAUGAACUUUAUCUUGUGCACGAGGAAACUGAGCACAUCUUGCACUGGAUGACGGCAUAACAUAGCAGAGCUUGAGACAAAGAGCAAGAGAAACAGCAUAGUAAGACCCUGAACUAUAAACAAAUAUUUAAUGCAUUGAGAAUAACUUCACAGUUAAGCUCAUGUUAUCUUGUACAAACAUCAACUAAUGCCCACAGUCAUUGUGAGAGAGACUAAAAGAAGCUUUACAGUGUCUUGGCCAGCUAAACAUCUUGCCCUAAAGAGAGAGGCCGAUUACCAACUGUUGAAGCUAUGAUAAUUUUCACCAGGAGAAGUGUUACAAGUUACAAGAAGUACAAGUGUAUGUCAGCCAGUGGAGCACCCUGAAGAACUCCCUGAACAAACGGAGAUCCGAGCCAGAAAGUCCAGCGGACUACAUAAUAUUGCGCAAACAUGCCAACCCUGUGAGACACGCAAUAUGGGUUAGUUAGCCUGGCUUCUUGGCUGAGUGUUUCUGCACCACACUUGCCAGCAUUUGAAAUUUGUGCAGAUGAAGCCAACUUAAUGUUUCUGCCUCUGCCAAGAGGCCUAACUAAAGACUUCAAGCUCAUGCAGAGAAAAGGAACUUUAUCCAUUAUGUUUAUUGCAGUGUAAUAUUUUUGAACAGAAAUUGUAAAUAGGACUGUUUGUUUAUCUUAAAAAUAUGAUACAUCUUCUGCAGAAGUAUUUAAGAGCUUCUUCAGGAAAAAACAUUUUAUCACCAACAGUUCUUUAGGCUCUGAUGGCAGCUUUCCACGGUGAGGACAUCUUAAGCUUGCAGCAAUAGUAAUUUGGAAUAGAUAAUGAAAACAACUCAAAUGAAGCUUUGGAACAAGCUACCUUGGCCAGCAGUAUAAUUGCCUUUGCUGGAAUUUUAUAAAAACAGAUUAAACAAACCUGUUUGGGAUGAUUUAUAUAGCUGGUCUCUUCAGAUAUCUUCCCGCACUAGAUGUCUGUGCUGAAUAUACCCUUCCUUAAACUGUUUUUUCGUACCUUAAGCGUCCAAUUUAAUUUCAAGCCGCACAUUAGCGUAAGAAGACCUAGGCUAAUGACAGUACUUGGGCAUGGCCAGAUACAGUAAUGCUGCAUCUGUGGUGUGUAAUAGCACAACAUUGGACUUACUAUUCUUUCUCCCCCACUCUAGCACUUCUAGCACCGUGAUCGUGUUCGGUAUCAACAUUCAGUAAUAAAAGCAUACAGCAAAUGGGCCACAGAUAAUCAGAUGAAAGUAAAUGAGAGUUACCAUGAAAGCAUGUAAGUUUUAUUCAAAUUUUAGAUGCCCUCCAGAGAAUAUACUAACCUGCUAACUAUAACACACCAUUUUCAAAAGAAAAUUAGCAAGUCUGCAGGAGCUGUCUAAAAGAUGUGUCUGAAAAUUGUCCAAUCCCACUUUAUACUUUGGACAAACUUUGCCAUUGCUGUAAGUGGAUGCAAGUCCUGAGAUUUAAUUAGUUUUGAAAUAACCAAAAUAAAAGUGCUCUGUUUUCA